AUGUUCAGCAGUGCAGGUCUGACACCAGCUGCUGGGAAUAGGAGACUACUCAAAGGAGGCAGUACCAAGUUCUUGGUGCCUGAAACAACAGACCAACUGCGUUUGAAGAAAAAUGUUUUGAUAGGUUAUAGCGACAUUUCCAUGGCUGGAAGUCGAGCCCUGUUAGGCCUGAAUAUGCGGGUAGAGUAUGCAGAUCUUCCCGUUCCCCAGAUGAGAGGUUGUACUCCUCUGUGUGUGCGGUCAGAAGCUCCUGGAGUAAAGGAGCAGAAUUUCCGACCUCUACAGGUUUUACAGUGUAAAUAUGAAGAGUAUUCCUGUGUGGUUGUUAACACCAUAGUGCCAGCAGAUAAGUGCCAACAUGUAGCAAACAAAAUCAUAGACCUGUGUAUAGAAAGUGGGGUGGAGAAGGUGGUUUUGCUGACAACUCUGAAGCUUGAUAAGAUACCAGACAGUCAGCUGAAACCAUUAUAUGAAAGUACAUUCAACACAAAACCAGUGACAUCCAAACCAGCCCUACCAGCAGACACCAAGAUCUGUGAUCCACUGCUAAGCACGCUUAUCCAGAUGAUACAGAUAGAGUCAAUCCCAUGUAGCUGCCUCACUGUACCAGGUCACAGAGCCAUUGCAGGAAAAGCUAAUAUUUAUGACGAAUCACAACAGGCAAUUUUGGCAUUUCAUAAAGUCUUGAAGAAAUGGUCACGGCUGCACUUCAGUGAAGAUUUAAGCCUGUCUUUAGUUUACAACAGCCUAGAAGUGGAGGACUUGUCAGGCAUGUCAUCACUCAUGUACGGAUAAGCAAUGAUUGAUGAAAUAUAUAUUUUCACUCCUCUUUCUUAAAAAUGGAUUUUUACCCAAACACAAUCUCAAUCCCAAUGAAGUGAUAUCGAUGAAAAUAAAACAAUUAAAAUUCA